AUGGAUAAUGUGCUUCCUGCAAGGGAUAAAAGCAAUUCAUCAUCCAAAGUUAUCAAUGGAAAGGUUGCACUUGUUCGGCCCGAAAACAAAAUCACAAAUAUUUCUUUAGCAUUUGAUGUUCUACACGAUAAGUUGAGAGAUCCUGAAUGUGUUUUCUGGGAUUUCAGCCUGUUUGGUGGUCUUGGAGGAUGGAAUGAUGAUGGCUGCAUGCUAGUAUUUAAUGAAAACGAAGUGAUCAGCUGCCACUGCAACCACACCACCACGUUUUCUAUUCUCAUGUCACCCAACAGUCCUGAUAAUUUUAUAUUAGCUUACAUAACAUACAAUGGAGUUGCGUAUUCCAUUGUUUCCUUGAUUAUAUGUCUCAUCAUUGAAGGCAUAAUUUGGAAAUCAAUUGGGGACAACAUGACAUCGUACUUGCGUCACGUCUCCAUCGUCAACAUCGCUCUGUCCCUACUGAUUGCAGACAUUUGGUUCAUUGUUGGAGCGGCCAUUUCAGACGCUGACCAGAAGAACCCUCCGGCCUGCACAGCCGCGACCUUCUUCAUCCACUUUUUCUACCUGGCUCUGUUCUUCUGGAUGUUAGCGUCGGCUCUGCUGCUGCUCUACCGGACUCUCAGUGUCUUUGAUGGAGGUCUGUCUACAAGAGCCAUGCUGAUUAUUGGAUUCUCUUUGGGAUAUGGAGCGCCACUGAUCAUUGCAACAAUAACAAUAGCAGUUACUGCUCCCUCAAAUAACUACACCAGAGAAAAUAAUGUUUGCUGGCUUGCUUGGGAUACGCAUAAAACGUUACUGGCGUUUGUGAUCCCUGCCCUUACAAUAGUGGCUAUAAACUUCAUAAUCCUGACUCUGGUGAUAUCCAAAAUGUUGAGAAGAAGAGUCGGACUGAUUGGAGCCCAAGCAAGGGAGAGGCAUGCCCUGUUGGUUAUUAUCAGGUGUUUGGCUGUACUAACACCAAUUUUUGGUGUAACUUGGGCUUUGGGAAUCGGAACUAUGGUUUCCCCAGAAAACCUUGGACUCCAUGUUGCAUUUGCAUUAUUAAAUUCACUUCAGGGUCUCUGCAUUCUAUUGUUUGGAACACUGUUGGACAAAAAGGUAACAUCAGAGAUAGCAAAGAAAUUCUUCUUCCAGAGUAGGACAAAGACCACCAGUCCAGCAUCCUUUUCCACUCUGGGAAAGUUGUUCUGGAAGUUAAGAUCCACAGGUCAAGGUGGCAGGGCAGUAAAAAGUCAGGGUUACGAUUCUUAUGCCAGACGGUCACCACCAAGCUACAGGGAAGCAGGACUGAUGGAAAAAGAAACCUUUUGA